AUCCGCGUGCUUCGAGCCGCGAAGCUGGCGGACCAGAAGACGCGAGCCCGUGUCCUAAGGGAGAACACGGGGUUGCCCUCCAUGCGACUGAUCAACAGCCGUCGGACGCCCGCGCGGCUGUCUCCCGCGGCUUUCUGGAUGUUGGUGGAGUCGCGAUGCCUACGUCCGGUACUCGUGGACGUCCGGAGCGCCAAGGAACUGGCGGAUACUCACCCGGAGGACGACGGCAUCUCCAAGCGCCUGGAGAUGGUUCGGAUACCCAUCGAGGAACUCGCGCACGUGCUGCGAAACAAGGCGACGCAGUGGAGACUCCGAGCCCGAGACGGGCCGCACGCUAAGCCCCCGUCGCUGCGGGACACCAUGGUGUUCAUCUCCACCCACGGCAACGCCGCGACGCAGGCGGCGGCGAUCGCGAUGGCGCUCGGGUACCAGAGGGUGAUGGCUGUCGACGGCGGACUCGCCGCCGCCGCGCCGCUCGCGCCGCCGUCAUCCUCCGGCACCCCCACCGCGUCUUCGCUGCACAACGGACUGGUCACCGGCGAGGGCGGCGGCGGAGGCGGUCGGGGGGGUAACGGUCGUGUCGGAUCCCCGAGGAGCGGGCACGACUCGCCGUUCGGGUCGUCGCCGAGGACCCCGUCGGCUUCGUCGCUCUCGUUCGUGCCACCCGGGGAGACGCUCAGCAGGGACGCGCUCUUACUGCUGAUGGAGUACGGACAGGCGCAGGGCGCGCCGCUGGUGACGCUGGUGGACGUGCGCAGACACGACGAGCGCGCCCUGUACGGAAGCAUCAGGGGCAGCGUGCACCUCGCGGCGGAGCAGUUACCCAGGGCGCUGCUGAUGCCGCCGGAUGAUUUCCUUCGCGCGUUUCACUUUCGCAAACCGGGUCCGGACGACGUGGUGGUGGUGCACAGCCGGCGGCAGGAGCGCGCGAGCUACGCCAAGCAGCUCCUCGGUGACGCGGGUCUGCACAGGUGUCUGGUGUUGUCCGAGGGGGUCAUGGGGUGGAGAAGCGGCGGCGGCGGUGGCGAAGACGUGAGGGCGUACGACGCAUUCGGCGAAGGGGAGCCGCCGCCGGAGCCGUACCCGACGGAGCCGCCGGUGGAGAUCGACAGGCCGGAGGCUGAGGCGGAGCUGAUGCACAAGAACGUGCUGCUCCCCUGAGUCCCGCGAGGUGGGUCCGGGCGCCGGCGCGGUGUCGUGUUCGCGUAGUAAUCGACUAGUCUUGAAUAAAAGAAAGCGUGCUCUUC